CCAACAGCCGUUUAAUUGGUUUGCAAACGGUUGCAAACAACCGGGAGAUUGUUUGCCUUUCGUACUGGCUUUACAUGAUUGUGUGGUAGUUAACUGAACUCUUAUUUCCGCAAUCUUAAAGACAAUACCGCUGGGCACGCUUAAUUUUGGAGGUUCAGCUCAUUACUUUGAACGUAUUUUGUGUAAUAGGAUUCACUCGCUUUUAUUUCAACUACAUCAGACUUUUACUGUUGUUUGCCGCAAAGGAGAUUACUUCUAUCGGGAAAUUUGACUACAGCUGUGGAAAAUAUGUAGGAAAACUUCUACUGACAUCGCAACAUCAUCCCAAUUUUGGCAACUUCACGGCCAAGAUGAAAACAUCAAUUAUUCGUUUUCUUGGGACACUUUUGGUUGUGGUGGAUCUUCUCCAAGGCUCGCUAGAAGCCACAAAAUGUAUGGAUGGAUUUUCAGAGGAACUGGGUUCCUGUUACUCAAUUAGUGUCCACGAGGAUACUCUCAGCUGGACUGAUGCUGAUCAACACUGCCGUUCACUCGGAGCUCAUCUCCCGUACAUGGGUAGCUCUGAAGAAGGCACGGUUUUGGAGUCUAGGUGGAACGGGGCAAGACUUUGGCUAGGAUUGAAGAUUAACGAGACAGCUGAUGAGGAGUCUCUCUAUUGGGGAGACAACGCUAAGGUGGACGCCAGUUUCUUCGCUAGUUUCAGCCCUGAUGAUGUUAACAGGUGCGUGGUGUUACGUAAGACGGACAUGCGAUGGGAGUUGACUGACUGUGGAAACGAAAACCAUGUAAUCUGUGAAGCUGACUUUGCCGAUGACGAAGAAGCUACGUCACAAAGCCCUGUCGUCACCGACCCCCUGGAUCACACGUCACGAACUCCUGCAAUUUUGAUGACGACAUCAUCACAAGAGACCGACUUCGAGACUUCGACUGAGGAAGAAUUUCCUCAGUGUGAAACCUUGGACUGUUUGUUGGAUCUCAUCAAUCAAGACAAAGAGACCGAGGAACUGCUCCAGGUAAGUGGGGGUGGUCGGAGGCCUGGUGGUGGUGUUGUAGUAUAUAAAGGUUGUUAGAGUUUGACUACUUUAUGACUCACCCACACUAUAUGAUGAACGGACUUUUCCUCUCGGCGCUGGAACAGGA